AUGGAGAAUUCGCCACUUGCGAAGCUUCCGGCUGAGCUACUCAACGACAUCGUCGAGAUGGCUCUUACGCAUAAUGAGGUAGUUCUCUCGGGUUCUCGGAAGAUGCCGAAUGCUGCGUCUUUGCUGCAGACCUGCAAGACGAUGCGCGAAGGCUAUUCAACCAUGUUCUUUAGUACCAACGACUUCAUCUACUGUCCCAUGAGUACCGACUGCCUGAAAGACAUCUCCCGCUUCGAGGAUGUCAUUGGGCCAUCCAAGGUUGAGGCUAUGGGCUCCAUGGUCGUUCUCAUGCGGGUACCAGCUUACAAGGAAGGAGCUCCCCCCAUUGCCAGGGCUAUUAAGGCGUUCUGUAACGCCAGAGAGAGACCCUCCAUUCCAGGAUCAAAGCUUUCUAUUUCGGGCGUCUUUCUAGAACUGACAUACGACAACGUCAGUUUUCGCCGUUUCUUCAUCGACCUACAGCAUCCCUCGGAUUCCAUUUUCCCAAUCAUCAGAGACAUUCGCAAGGAGCAGGAUGACACGUAUAGCCGCGCGGUGGAGAAAGAAAAAGUCUCGCAAGUCGAUGAUCACUGGCUCAGAAUUAAUCAGUACUCGGAUCUUCAGGACGCGUUGGGCGAUCUCGACGAUACUGUGCGUAGCGUAUAUUAUUCGCUCGCAAGUGACGGCAAGUGA